GCAAUUAAGCUCCAUUGCCCUUACGUGUGGCCGGGUACCGAAAAAGAUCGUCCAAGGAAACCACCGGGUCUUCGAAGAAGAACAGCCGAGACGAUGGGUAAAAUGAAUAUGAGUGUUCCCAACGCGUCUGCUCGUUAUCGCCGAGCGUCGGACUCGUCUUCCGUUCCCCGUCCAACUUCCCAGUUGGAUGGUCGACGUGAUCACUCGUCCUCCGGUGCUGGUUCGGCCGGGAAGGUCUCCUCUCGAUCACGUCAGUCGUCUGACGCACCUCCGAGACAUCAAUCCCAGUCCCUUCCUUUAGUUCGUCGCUCGGAGGGGUCUGGUCGUGAUACGGAGGGUGUAAAGGGUCCUCCGAAAAGAAAAGACGACGCUAGCCUGGAACGACCUGACCCGUCAAAAAAGCAAAGGACGUUGGAUUUUGGCUGGGAUUUCUCGCACACGUCCGAAGCUCGUCCUUUCCCGAACGACUCUUCAGCUUGCUCUGAACUUUUCUGGAGGAUCCAUUUUGGGCCUGGUCGUUUGCCUUCGGUUGAUCAGAUGAAGGAAGCGCAUGCAGUUGCUGAUGUGGCGCAAGCCUCCUUUGAGCUUGUCGCCCGAAUCAAUCGCUUAACCUCGCGCUACGAGCGCCGCGUUCGCGAUCAGGAGGACGACCGGUCAGGAGCGUCGUCCUACGCAGAGAAGAUUGAACGCCUCGAGGCCCAACUAGGGGAGGCUGUUCGGUCCAACCAAAGGCUUAGUGACGAAGCGUCAAAGUUUGAGAGUCAACGGCGCAAGUGGAUCUCGGAGCGGGACGACCUGAAGGCAAAGCUUGAGGCGUCGGAUGCGGCCUACAACAGGAUGCACCUUACUCUCAACUCGGAGACGAAGAGGCUCAGAGAUCGGCGGGAGGAUUUCGGCUACCACGAGAGAAUUAAAGCCUUUAACGAAAUGGCCGUGCGCGUUCAGAAAUUGCUGGCCAAACAUAAGAGGUACGCCGAGGCAUUCAAAGCGUCGAUGGAGAAAUUUCUCGAGUACAACCAAGCCGUCGGGAAUGUCCAAAUGCUCGAAACGCUCGUCGACGAGGGUCAAAUCGCUGUGCUUGAGGAGGGGUUGAAGGACAAAGUCGUCGCCGUGAUGACUCAACUGAAGGGUGAAGUUGAUGAUCUCGAUCUCCCGGAUAUCACCGAGGCUGACUUUGACGUGUCCAGGAUCUAUUCUGAGCCACUUCCUCCGGUUCCAGAGUGGAUCGCUUCCCCCCUUAGCGGCGAUGCUGAAGGCGGUGACGACGUUAGGGAAGAAGGCGAGUUUGGCAGCGGGGGUCCUGAAGGGAACGUAGGCGAACAGGCAAAGGGUGACGAUCGUCCUGCGGGUGGGAUCGAAGAGCAGACCGUCGAUCGUCCUACGGAAGAGCUCCCCCGUCCUUUGACUCCUGGUUGCGAGUCUCCGACUGCUGAUCCGGCGUCAUAAGUGCUCCAUGUUCGCACUUGCCGUGUUGAGGGGUCGGCUCCCUCGUACUAUCUUUCUUUUGCCGUGUUUUGGGGUCGGCUCCCUCGUACUUUAUGCGCCGUGUAUGGGGGUCGGCUCCCUUAAAACUUUAUUCGUACUUUUGGGGGCAUUAAAUGAGGGGUCAUUUAAUGCCUUAUUCUUCGAAACGUUAUUUAUUGGGCUCAUUAAAUGCUUCUGCCGUUUGGAAACUUGUGGCUGUUGGGACUUGUGCCCCCGUUCUAUAAAUAGUCUGUGUUUUCCUUCACUCCUGUCUUGGCGAGUUUGUUGUGCUUGUUGUUUUUUUUUUUGUAGGAAGAAGAAAGUUGCUCUGAUGCCGGUGACAACUAGGUCAGCGUGGUUACGCAGGGCGCGGGAACAGCUCGGCGUUAGGUCUGACGAGGUGAUUCAAUCGGAACUCGCCUAUUACAACGCUCGCAUUCAACGGCUAAGGGCUUACAUCAUUGCCACCCGUCGUUCGUUCGAGCGUUACUACGACUUCUGUCGUAUUGACGGGGUUGUGGAAUGUCUUGAACCGCUGAUCGACGAAGGGCUCUUCUUCCCAAAGUGGCGAUGGGAUCGGUUGGUGGAAGAGCGUACCCGGCGCGAAGAUCUAUGUGCGGAAGUGGUAG